CACUUCCCAACUACGACUAUCCAUUCUGACACGGACACCCCCAUACCGACCUACAUACAUACUCUCCCUCUCCCUCUCCCUCUCCCUGUCGUCUUACAUUUCAGAACAAACAUCAACCCUCACGUACCAGGCAUUUGGAAGAGGCAGGAGCAGCUCAGAGCAAUGCAAUCUCAUCAAAUUACGCUUGAUGAUUUUUCUUCUUCUGCUGCUGCUGCUGAUGGACUGGAAGUGAAAGGUAACGCCAUGACGGCGAGGAAUUCUACCCUACUUUGUGUUCCGAUAAUGGCUGAAACUGUCGAACAGAUGGUGAUCGAUAUGGGCAAGGCAAAAGCCGUUGGUGCUGACCUUGUGGAGAUUCGAUUGGAUUGUCUUAAGGUUUUCAAUCACAAUCAAGAUCUCAAGCGUCUAGUGAAAGAGUGCCCCUUGCCGACACUGUUCAGUUAUAGGCCAAAAUGGGAAGGUGGCCAGUACGAUGGUGAUGAAAAAACUCGAUUGGAUGCACUUCGGUUAGUUAUGGAGCUCGGAGCUGAUUACAUUGACGUCGAGCUUCAGGUUGCUCGUGAAUUCAUCAACUCUAUAAAUGGAAAGAAGCCAGAAAAGUUUAAAGUUAUUGUUUCUUCUCACAACUUUCAAGAUACCCCAUCUGUGGAGGCUCUUGGCAAUCUUGUAGCAAGAAUACAAGCUACUGGAGCUGACAUAGUGAAGAUUGCAACCACUUCCUUGGAUAUAACAGAUGUAGCACGCACUCUUCAAAUUACCGUUCAGUCUCAAGUUCCGUUGAUAGGACUUGUACUGGGUGAGAGGGGUUUGAUUUCACGGAUACUUUCUGCAAAAUUUUGGGGUUAUCUUACUUAUGGUACGUUGGAGUCGGGAAUGGUUUCUGCGCCUACUCAACCUACAAUCAAGGAUCUAUUACAUUUAUACAAUUUCAGACAGAUAGGACCUGACACAAAAGUGUUUGGCGUCAUUAGCAAACCUGUCAGUCACAGCAAAUCACCAAAGUUGUACAAUGAAGUAUUCAAGUCAAUCGGUUUCAACGGCGUUUAUGCACAUUUGUUGGUAGACGAUAUUGAAAAAUUUUUCCAGACAUACUCAUGCGUGGAUUUUGCUGGAUUCAGCGUUGGUAUUCCUCACAAGGAAGCCGCCCUGAAGUGCUGUGAUGAGGUUGAUCCAGUUGCAAAGUCAAUCGGAGCUAUAAACUGCAUUAUAAGGAGACCAGCUGAUGGGAAGUUAUAUGGAUUCAAUACGGACUAUGUUGGUGCUAUUUCUGCCAUUGAGGAAGGACUGAAAGGUUCACAUAAUGGUGGCAGUGUAACUGGUUCACCUUUAGCUGGAAGGCUGUUUGUUGUCAUUGGUGCUGGUGGUGCGAGCAAGGCACUUGCUUAUGGUGCAAAGCAGAAGGGAGCAAGGAUUCUAAUUGCCAAUCGCACAUAUGAUCGAGCCAGAGAACUUGCAGACACCGUCGGUGGUGACGCAUUAUCUCUUGCUGAUCUAUGUAAUAUCCCUCCAGAGGACGGCAUGAUUCUUGCAAACACAACAUCUAUUGGAAUGCAACCGAAUGUUGGUGACACACCCAUUUCCAAGGAUGCUCUGAAAUUUUAUUCACUGGUUUUCGAUGCUAUUUACACACCAAAAAUGACGAGACUGUUGAGGGAAGCAAAAGAAUGUGGUGUCACAAUUGUGAGUGGGUUGGAGAUGUUCAUUGGACAGGCAUAUCAACAGUUUGAGAAGUUCACUGGAUUGCCAGCUCCUAAGGAACUCUUUAGAAAAGUCAUGGAAAAUCACUCUUGAGGUUAGUUCUGCUAAUUGAUUUUUGUUGCCUUACCGAAAUAUUCGAGUUUCAAUUCUCCAUUGAGUUUUCUUAAUAGGAAACUUAAUUUGGACCCAAAAUGCAAAUGUGCAUUGGUUGUGGUCGAUAUCUCACUAUGUGGAGUAGAGCCUUUCAAACAUGUAUGACUUACUGAUUAAGCUCAAAUCUUUGGUCGUGAUUGGUGUUCAGAGUUAGGUGGUGAUUUUUGUUUUUCUUUUGGUUUAUCCGCAUGACAAAAGACAAUAAGGAGGAAACUCGGCGUUUAUUGAAGGUGACUCAUAGAAAUGCUUUUUUGCUACAAGAUCAUUAGAGGCAGUUCAGUCUUUUCAUCAAGAUGUUUUUGUGGUGGUUGUAAGACUUACAAGGUUUAUUCCACAUGAAUGUUAUCUUGUUGGUUAGAUGCGGGUCCUCCAUGAUAGAAAAAUUGUUUUGUACUCUCGAUGAAUUUGUGCUUGUGCUUGUGAAAUUGUAGUGUUACGUUCGACAUGUCUGUUUAAUAUACAUUCAUGAUCAUUUCGUAAUAAAUGUUUAUUGCCUUAA